AUGCUAUGCUACAUGGUGAACUGCCAAAACUGGUCGGGCGUCACGUCUGUUCGAAUAUUUGGACUUUCCCUGGUUGUUCGCCGUCUUCGCUACGCAGCGCCGGCAUCGCCUACACUGUCUCUGUUUAUCAUGGUCCAGAAGAGCAUCAGUGAAACUCUAUCGGAAGUGCCACCUUUGCAGAGCAGCUCAGGUGGCGCGCAAGUCACUCCGCAACCUCUCACCAGCGUUGUCAUCCACCAAGUGCCGGACGGCUUUCACGUGGCACACCACAACAGAACACGGUUGCCGAAGGAAACUUUGUGGCUACGGAGUAUCGGUAUGUAG